UAUUAUGUUCAGAACGCGGAAGUGCUGCAGUUAGUACUGAAGUCACGUGAGGAGUUAUUUUCACAACGAUGCAUUUGUUGCGCAGUGCCAACUCGUUUGAGAAAAUUAAAGCGUAAAAAUCUGUGUCUGUGACAAUUAAAACGCAACCGAGUUGUUGAAAUGGAUGACGACGGAUUACCCAUUGUGGGAUCAGGAAUAGAUCUUACAAAGGUUCCGGCCAUUCAACAGAGAAAAAUCGUAGCUUUCCUCAACCAGUUCAUAGUCCACACCGUCAGGUUCCUGAACCGGUUUUCCACAGUUUGUGAGGAGAAACUAGGAACCGUAUCACUACGAAUCCAGCAGAUUGAAACCACACUAAGCAUUUUGGAAGCAAAGUUAGCCUCUAUUCCUGGUUUGGAAGAAGUGACAGUGGAUGGAGUGAGACAAACGUCUGCAGAGACAAACGGCCCUGCAGUGGAUGGCAGUCGUGCCACAGUUCCCCCUGUUGAGGCAUCCCAGCAAACACAAGUGGCCCCUCAGGAGCCAAAAGCAGAGGUCCCAGCGGAAAAUAUAAUGACUGUAGCCAAGGACCCGCGAUAUGCCAGAUACCUGAAAAUGGUGCAAGUGGGUGUUCCAGUCAUGGCCAUUAAAAAUAAGAUGGUAAUGGAGGGUUUGGACCCCAGUUUGCUUGAUACCCCUGACGCACCUGUUCCAGAUGGUGCCAAAAAAGGGUUGGAAGAUCAAGAUGAUGACAGCUCAGGCAGCGAAUCAUCCUUCAGUGAUUGAUUGGCUCCGCCCCCCACAGCUAACGAGCUUUGUGUUGAACUGGCCUGUGUAGGCUUCCAUGAACCCUGCUCAUCUCAAAGCAGGGUAAAUGCACUUAAAUGUCCUUACAAAGGACAGAUAUUUAGUGAUGGCACUAAAACGAUUGUGCUACAUCUCGGAGAUGGCAUACUUGACAUCCGUACUGGUGGUUUCUGAGGGCAGUUGCUCACUAGGUGAGAUCGCUGAUGAUUAUAAUUGAUCCAUUUAAGUCUGUUUAAGUGCUACUCUCAAGUGAAUUGUCUUGAGUGUCUCAUUUCUUGCCAUGUACAUGUUAAAUGCCUUAUAUGUGCAUCCAAUAACAAUAAAAAAAAAAAUGCCAGUGUUUUUAUGAAAUAGACACAAGCAGUCUUGUAUUGAAAUUGAUUUUUAAAAAUGUAGCUGAUUUUUUUUUUUUUAUUUUUGUAAAUUAAUCUUUAGUUGGAACAAUCUUGAAAUGACUUUGACAUGCCGUAAUAUCAACAACAAAAUUAACAUAGAGCCCUAAUUAAUUUAGUUAGAUCUGUCUAAUCAUGUUACAUAGCGAUUAAAUUUUGCUUACAUUGUCUUUUCCAGUGUAACUUAUUAAAAGUUACAUUCAAAUUCAGUGCAAAGAAGUUUUUUAAACUUAAAACCAUUCAAAAGAAUUUUUAAAUGUUGAGUUGUGCUCAACAAGGUUGCAUUUAUUUGAUUAGAAAUCUAGUAAAAACAGUAAUAUUGAGAAAUAUUAUUACAAUUUAAAAUAGUUGUUUUCUGUUUUAAUACAUUUUGAAUGUAAUUCAUUCCUGUGAUGGUAAAGCUGAAUGUUCAACAUCAUUACUCCAGUCUUCAGUGUCACAUGAUCCUUCAGAAAUCAUUCUAAUAUGCUGAUUUGCUGCUCAAGAAUGAUACGUCAUAUUAUUAUCAAUGUUGAAAACAAUUGUGCUGCUUUAAUUCUUUGUGUGGAAACCAUGAUUCAUUUUUUUCAUGAUUCUUUGAUGAAUAGAAAGUUAUGGAAGCUUGUUUCCACCACUAAAUAAAAAAAUAAAAAAGGUAAUUGUGACUUUUUAUUUCACAAUUCUGACUUUUUCUCACAAUUGAGUUAUAUUGUCAGAAUUGCAAAAUAUAAACUCACAAUUACUAGAAAUGUCAGAAAUGCGAGUUAUAAACUAAAAAUUGCAGGAUAUAAACUCGCAAUUUGACACUUUCUUGCAAUUGCAAGAUAUAAACUUGCGAUUCUGAUUUCUUUUCUCAGAAUUGUGAGAUAUAAACUUGCAAUUGCAAGUUAUAAAUCCCAAUUCUGAGGAAAAAAGGGUUCAUAUCUCAAUUCUUACUUUAUAACUCACAAUUGCGUGUUAUAAAUUCAGAACUGUGAAAUAUUAACUCACAAUUCUGAGAAAAAAGUCGCAAUUACCUUUUUUAUUUUUUAUUCUGUGGCGGAAACAAGCUUCCAUAGAAAGAUCAAAAGAACAGGAUUUUUUUUUUUUUUUUUUUGGCUUAUGUAACAUAAAUGUCUUUACUGUCACUUUUGAUCAGCAUACUGACCCCAAACUUUUAAACAGUAGUGUAUGCUGCUAUUCCUAUCAUUCGAAACAUUAAAGCAAUCACUUCUCUUUAUCCAUGCACAUCA